CCCUUUUCUGCCAACUUCCAAGUGUUCCAAUGCAAUGAUAGCAGACCAGAGUCGUGACUUUCACGACUUCUUUAACUUCGCAGCCUUAUCUUUAUUUGCGCUCCUGGUGUUUCUUGUCGUUAAUGUCUUCGAGAAAGUGCGACAGACACCGAAAUCCGGUUCAGUUGCCAUUCUCGUAUUGGGCGAUGUAGGACGCAGCCCGCGAAUGAUGUACCAUGCAGAGAGCUUUGCGAAGCUGGGAUUUGACACCUAUCUCAUUGGAUACAAAGGCUCCAAGCCGAUACCUUCGCUAACCUCCGAGUCCCUCCCGCAUAUCAGGUUUUCCUACCUCUCAGAACCACUGCCAUUUGUUGCCUGGAUCCCUUUUAUUUUAGCUUCUCUAAUCAAAAUCGUGUACCAGAUAGCCACCAUCUUAUACACGCUAGUCUUUGACAUACCCCAUCCGCCCGAGUUUAUCAUGGUGCAGAAUCCCCCAAGUAUUCCAACUCUCGCCCUAGUAUGGCUUGUCGGAGGAAUGACCGGAAGUAAAGUCAUCAUUGACUGGCAUAACCUUGGGUAUAGCAUUCUCGCAUUGAGGUUGGGAGAGACACAUCUGCUUGUCAAAAUUGCGAAACGAUUUGAGAUCAUGUUUGGCAGUUCUGCGUACGCUCACCUUUUCGUCACAAACGCUAUGCGAGACCAUCUGGUGCAGGAAUGGUGCUUAAUAGGACAUAAAGCAGUCUUGCGUGAUCGUCCGCCCAGCCAUUUUCAUAAAUGUCUACCUCAAGAAGUCCAUGAGCUCUUCCGGCGGCUGGGACCCUCGAUAUCGCCAUCACUUGCAGCAUUUCUCCCCAGCGCUUCACCGCCUUACUCAACCCAUCUCACUGAACAUAGACUUUUGAGUAUGCCCAGUCUUCGACAAGAUCGGCCAGCGCUGCUAGUGAGUAGUACGUCGUGGACACCAGACGAAGACUUUGGCAUUCUCUUGGAGGCGUUGAAACUCUACGAAUCUCGCGCUCGUGAAGUCAACCUUACAGAUUGUGAAAACGUGCGACCAGAACGCGAUUCGAAGGAACGACGAGUCUUGCCUCGCAUAUGGAUGGUCAUCACGGGCAAGGGGCCGCUUAAAGAACGAUAUAUGGCAGAUGUGGAGCUCUUGCAAAAGAACUGGCAGUAUGUCAGGUGCACAAGUUUAUGGCUCGAAGCUGAAGACUAUCCGCUGUUGCUGGGCUCUGCUGUCUUGGGCGUCUCCUUACACUCAAGUUCAUCCGCACUCGACUUACCAAUGAAAAUCGUUGAUAUGUUUGGAUGCGGACUCCCUGUUUGUGCCCUCGAUUUUGCAUGCCUACCAGAGCUGGUCAAAGACGGUAUCAAUGGCCUGGUUUUCAUAAAUGCGUCUCAGCUUGCAGAGCAUCUGGAGGCCCUCCUCACUUCAUUCCCUUUGUCUCCUGCACUCGAUUCCUUACGGACAUCUUUGGAGCGCGCAUCACAGGCACCGUUCAAUAUUGAGCGUCGUGUACAUAACCAUGAACACCAAGAAGUUGCUGAUUGGGAGUGGAGUUCUUGGUCAGAGAACUGGAACCGUAUCAUGAAACCCCUAGUGCUGAGGGAUGCAGAACGAUCUGGUUGAACCGUAGGUCUACCUUCGGAGCGAACGAUGACGGGUUUUGCAUGGGAUUGUGGUUAUAUCUGCCAUUUUCCAUGCCAUACCAGUCUUACGCUACAUACAUGACCUCUGAC